AUGUCUCAAGAACAAUAUAACGAAAGCUUAAAGACCAUUGUUGCUGAAAAGCUAAAUGGGAUCCCUAACUUCAAUGAAGACAUUAAAUACGUUGCCGAAUAUAUCGUUCUGUUGAUUAGUAAUGGUGGAACUGUCGAAGGUGUAGUUACAGAACUAUCAACUCUAUUUGAUACCCUAUCCACAGAGACGUUAAUGGAUGUAGUUCAAACAACCUUUUUUGCCUUAGAAGCAUUACAACAGGGUGAACCUACUGAAGUUAUCGUGGCUAAGAUACGUGAAAUGAACGCUGCCGCUGCUGGUCAAGGCCAACCACAAGCUCAGGUUGCACCUGCUAUUCAAGAACCUAGUUUCCAAGAUAGUAGUAGUAUGGACACCACUCAAGAGCCAGAAGCUAUUCCAAAAGUGGAAGUUCCUAUGGUUUCUGCAUUUGCCAAUGUAGUCUCUGUUCCAACUGGUCCUUCUUCUUCAACUCCAGCUCAUGAAGAUUUCCAAUUCAGAGAUAAUUUCAAACCGCAACGAGGUGGUCGUGGUGGAUCUCGUGGUGGUAUCGGUAAGAACGGCAGGGGAGGUGCUCGUGGUGGUGCUCGUGGUGGAAUCCGUAACAACACUCGUGGUACCAGAUUUAAUCCCUUAGCCAGAGCACUAGGUAUGGCCGAUGAUGAAAAUGUUAACUUUGUCAGACAUAAAAAGGAAGGUCGUUGUAAAGUAUUCCCUCAUUGUCCAUUGGGUAAAUCGUGUCCACAUGCUCAUCCAACUAAAGUUUGUGAAAAUUAUCCAAAUUGUCCAAAUCCACCAGGAACAUGUGAAUACUUACAUCCAUCAGAAGAUGAAGAGUUAAUGAAAGAAAUUGAAAAGACUCGUGAAGAAUUUAGACAAAGAAGAGACGCUAUGCUUGCCGCUAGAACGAAGCCAAUUCAAACAGGUAUCGUUCUUUGUAAGUUUGGUGCCGUUUGUUCCAAUCCUUCCUGUCCAUUUGGUCAUCCAACGCCUGCUAAUGAAGAUGCCAAGGUUAUUGAUUUAAUGUGGUGUGCUAAUAAUUUAGAAUGUAAGGAUCCACAAUGUAAGAAGGCCCAUUCAUCCAUCUCAAAGAUUAAACCAGUGCAACCAAUGGGUGGUGCUAAGAAGCCAACGGCCGCAUCAGCAACCCCAUUCCAAUCUGCUCCAGCCAGCCAUGGCCCAGUGGAAAAAGUUUUGGAACAAUGUAAAUAUGGUACCCGUUGUACUAAUAAGCGUUGUAAGUUUAGACAUGCACGUUCUCACGUGAUGUGCCGUGAUGGUGCCAAUUGUACCAGAUUAGACUGUUUAUUCAGUCACCCAAUCAAUGAAGAUUGUAGAUUUGGUAUCGAUUGUAAGAACCCAAAUUGUUUGUUUAGGCAUCCAGAGGGAAGACAGGUUCCCAACGGAAAUAAUAAUGCACAACCUGGUUUCAAGCAACAGAUCCAAAUCGGCCCCACAAAUGAAAGGGCCUUUGCUUUACCUGAAGGGGAUCAUAUUCAAGCUGCUCCAAAUCAAGACGGUCAAGCUCCAUUCCCAAGUGUGAGUGAAGACGCAGACAUGAAUUAA